AUGGAGAACGUGGUGCGGCACGCGCACGUGCACGAUGUGAAGGAGGUGCUGAAGGCUCUAGAGGUGGACCCGACGAAGGGGUUAACCAAGAGCCAGUUGGCCAAAAGGAAGGAAAAAUAUGGCCUCAACGAAUUGGAAGUAGAAACGAAGAAAGGGAUCCUAGAGUUAAUCUUAAACCAAUUUGAUGACCUCCUAGUAAAGAUCCUCCUGCUAGCAGCAUUUAUAAGUUUCGCGCUAACCUUGCUCGAUAUGCAAAAUAAUCACGUGGCCAUCUGUGAUUUUAUUGAACCGCUAGUCAUAGUUAUGAUUCUAAUUUUAAAUGCAGCUGUGGGGGUGUGGCAAGAGUGUAAUGCAGAAAAGUCAUUGGAUGCUCUGAAGCAGUUGCAGCCCACCAAAGCCAAAGUACUGAGAGAUGGAAAAUGGGAAAUCAUUGACAGCAAAUUUUUAACCAUAGGUGAUAUAAUUGAGUUAAGUGUAGGAAAUAAAACACCAGCAGAUGCUAGAAUCAUUGAAAUAUUUUCCACUAGCAUUAAGGUAGAGCAGAGUAUGUUAACAGGGGAGUCUUGUUCUGUGGAUAAAUAUGCAGAAAAGUUAGAUGUUAGUCAUAAGAAUUGUGAAAUUCAGCUGAAGAAAAAUAUUUUAUUUUCUUCCACUGCUAUUGUGGCUGGCAGAUGUAUCGCUGUCGUUACAAAUAUUGGUAUGAAUACUGAAAUAGGGCAAAUACAACAUGCCGUGAUGGAAUCAACCAAUGAAGAUACAGACACUCCUUUACAAAUUAAGAUUGAUGCGUUUGGAAGACAGCUCUCUAAAAUAAUAUUUGUUAUAUGUGUUACUGUAUGGGUUAUAAACUUUAAACAUUUUUCAGAUCCAAUUCACGGGUCGUUUCUGUACGGAUGCUUGUACUAUUUCAAAAUUAGUGUCGCUUUAGCCGUGGCUGCUAUCCCGGAGGGUCUCCCUGCUGUUAUCACCACCUGUCUAGCUUUAGGUACCAGAAGAAUGGUCAAGAAAAAUGCCAUUGUGAGGAAAUUACAGAGUGUUGAAACGUUGGGGUGCACUACGGUUAUUUGCUCCGAUAAAACGGGAACGCUCACAACGAAUCAGAUGACGGCUACAGUAUUCCACCUGUUUAAAGAGUCAACCAUGUUGAAAGAAUAUCAGCUCUGCCAAAAAGGGGAUACGUUUUUCUUUUACGAAUCAUGCUUAGAAGAAGAGGGAAAGGACAAUAACUCUUCCUUCUUCAACAAACUCAAGCGACAAGAACGCUUAUCCAGUCAAACAGCAGGCCAAUCAUCCUAUGAGGUAUCUAGCACCGUCGCCUCUAGAGGAAAUAAAGAACAUUCUAACAACACCAACCUCUCGUACGAUGGAAAAAACAAUUAUGGAGAUAGCGACAUGGAAGAUUAUGAAGAGUAUCCAUCGGAUGUUGAAACGGAGAAGUCACUAAAGCAAAUGCAUACCAACGUUAACACCAUCAUCAGUAGGGGCAGCAAAAUUUUAGAAGACAAAAUUAAAAAGUACGCCUACUCGGAGUACGAUUAUAAUUUUUACAUGUGUAUGGUAAAUUGUAACGAGGCAAAUAUUGUGUGUAAUGACAAGAACGAAAUUGUAAAGGUCUUUGGAGACAGCACCGAGUUGGCUCUCCUCCAUUUCGUACACAACUUUAACAUUAAACCAAUUGCGGUAAAAAAUAAUACUGUGCCGGCUGAAUACGGAAGGGCUUCUACAAAGAGUAAAAGUAAAAAAGGGGAAGAAGAAAAAGCAAGUAACUCCACUGGUGAUAGCUAUAUGGAUGUAUCGAAUGAAGAAAAGGAAAACAAAGAGGACAGUAAAACAUACCCAAGUGAAUCCAUAGCAGCUUGGAGAAAUGAAUGUCAAUUAAUUAAAAUAAUUGAAUUUACAAGAGAGAGAAAACUAAUGAGUGUGAUUGUUGAAAAUAAAAAAAAAGAUUAUAUUCUUUACUGCAAAGGAGCACCAGAAAAUAUAAUAAAAAAUUGUAACUACUACUUAAUUAAAAAUGAAGUAAAACCACUUACGGAGGAAUUGAAAAAUGUCAUUUGUAAUCGAGUCAAAGGUAUGGGUAAGAGAGCCUUACGCACAUUAAGCUUUGCUUACAGGAAAAUGAAGAAAAACGAUUUAAAUGUUACAAAUGCAGAAGAUUAUUUUAAAUUAGAAAAAGAUAUGAUAUACCUUGGAGGGUUAGGUAUAAUCGACCCCCCAAGGAAAUAUGUCGGAAGAGCCAUUAACCUUUGCCAUCUGGCUGGCAUUAGAGUCUUCAUGAUUACAGGAGAUAAUAUGGACACAGCAAAGGCCAUCGCCAAGGAGAUUAACAUUCUUCAUAACGAGGACACUGAUGAUGAAAUGGAUCCACACACCACCACCAAGUGGGACAAGGGAUCUAAUAAGUCGAGCAAAAAAUUAAAGUGUUGCUAUAGUGGAAGAGAGUUUGAAGAUUUCCCACUUGAAGUACAAAAGGAUAUUUUAAAAAAUAAACAACGUAUCGUUUUCUGCAGGACGGAACCAAAACACAAGAAACAAAUUGUUAAGAUAUUAAAGGACCUUGGAGAAACCGUCGCCAUGACAGGGGAUGGAGUCAACGACGCUCCUGCCUUGAAGUCCGCAGAUAUAGGUAUUUCCAUGGGUAUAAAUGGAACAGAGGUGGCGAAAGAAGCAUCUGAUAUUGUUUUGGCCGAUGAUAAUUUCAACACCAUUGUGGAGGCCAUUAAGGAAGGAAGAUGCAUUUAUAACAAUAUGAAGGCCUUUAUUCGCUACCUCAUCAGCAGCAACAUUGGGGAGGUGGCGUCCAUUUUCAUCACGGCUUUGCUCGGGAUCCCUGACAGCCUUGCACCUGUGCAGCUGCUCUGGGUCAACUUGGUCACCGACGGCUUGCCCGCCACGGCUCUGGGAUUCAACCCGCCCGAACACGACGUCAUGAAGUGCAAGCCCAGACACAAAAACGACAAUUUGAUAAACGGCCUGACUUUGCUCAGGUACAUCGUCAUAGGAACAUACGUGGGAGUGGCCACGGUGUCCAUCUUCGUGUACUGGUACCUCUUUUACCCGGACCUGGACGGCCAUACCCUUGUGAACUUUUACCAGCUGUCGCACUACAACCAGUGCAAGGCCUGGGGCAACUUCAGCGUCAGGCGAGUCUACGGCAUGUCGGAGGACCCCUGUUCGUAUUUCUCCACGGGCAAGGUCAAGGCAAGCACCCUGUCCCUUUCUGUGCUGGUCGUGAUCGAGAUGUUCAACGCCCUCAACGCGCUCAGCGAGUACAACUCCCUGUUUAAGAUCCCCCCCUGGAGAAACAUGUACCUGGUGUUGGCCACCAUCGGGUCGCUGCUGCUCCACUGUAUGAUUUUGUACAUCCCACCCCUCGCCAAAAUUUUCGGCGUCGUCGCCCUCACGCCAUACGAUUGGUUCUUAGUCUUCAUGUGGUCCUUCCCGGUUAUCAUCAUUGACGAAGUUAUUAAGUUCUACGCGAAGAGGCAGCUGAACAAGGCGCUGUCGUCCAAGCAGAAGAUCGACUGA